AUGUCCCCACCCACGCCUGUCCUUGGGCGGCGGGACGGGUCCACCUCAAUAUUGUCGAUUACACCAGGGCUCGACGUUAGCAGCGGCCCUGGCUCCCCUACCUCCACUGCAACCCCAAGCACGACCACGAUAGCAAACGGCGGCGGCGGCAGCGGCGGGUUCUACAACAACCAGCUCUUUUACAUCCUCAUUGCAGUGCUCGGGGCGUUUGCCCUCGUCUCCAUAUUCAACAUCUUCCGUACCCGCCGCCGCCGCAGGAUCAUUAUCAAUGAAGCAGAACGUCUUGGGCUCAUGGUCCCCGGCAUGUCUGGGUAUGUGCCCAUGCGCGAGCGACCUGCCUUCAUAAAGGCAGACGGGUGGCGCACCCCAGACUGGUGGGAGGUGACGGAGAAGAACCACGAGGACGACGACGGUAAUACCAGGAUGGCGAAGAGAGGAGCCGAGGGCAUGGUCACUGUCGCCGAACCUACAAGCACUCCAUCCGAGGUCGACGGCGCCACCACCACCACUGCUGUUUCUCGACCGCAAGAGGCGGGGCCAUCGGCGCCUAGCAGUAGCCGGGGCGACAAGGAACUCGAGCAGCAACAAAACGAGUACGGCGCCCGCGGUGUGCUUGAAGUCACCUCCCUGGACGAUCUGCACCCACUCGCCAUUGUCCCCACACCUGUCAUGGUGGACAACCCGCCAAAACCAUGGUCUAAACUCCCCUUCUUCCCCAACUAUGUCUCGUACCCGAAAUCCGCCCACAUUCCCAUACCGCCGCGGUUCGCGCCCGACGACCCAGACGCGUUCGACUCGAUCGUUGGCGAGCCGCUGGAAGUGAUUGUGGCGCUACGCAUGCCCACGCCGGCAGCGGCGCACAGCGGCGACGUCGAGGGCCAGCCGGCCGGUGCGCCGCGCGUGGUGAGCCCCGACGACGACGACGCCGUCAUGCAUGAGUGGGGCGGGCUCGAGCUCGGCGUGCUCACCAUGACGGUGGCCAAGGGCGAGCAAGACGUCUGGUCGUCGCACGACUAG